UUUUCUUCUUUCCCUUUUGCAUCAAUGGAGGCUUUGAGCACUCUAAGUUCUUGCUCUGUUAUAUCAACAACUGCUUUGAAAUUGUCUAAUAAUUCCACAAGAUGCCCUGCCAAGAAAGUUGACAACAUGAUAUAUUGCCAAAGUAGUGGUACAAAUGUUAUAAAAUCGUCUUCUAGGUCAUCGGUGAUUAGAUCGGAUCAUAGCACAGCUUUUAUGGAGGCUGCAGGAAGUUUGGUUUUGAGUCCAAAUAGUAACAGCCAAGCUGAAAUUAAGGUGAAAGAUUUGGUGCCUUAUGAAAGGCAUGAUGAUGGUAUAGGCAUUACCAAGUUUCUGAGGGGAAAAGCAUUUCUCAUUACUGGUGCAACUGGUUUUCUGGGAAAAGUUCUAAUUGAGAAGAUGUUAAGGACAGCACCUGAUGUGAACAAAAUAUUCAUCUUGAUCAAGGCAAAGAACAAAGAACAUGCUAUGAAGAGAUUGAAGAAUGAAAUCCUCAAUGCUGAUAUAUUCAAGUCCCUCAAACAAGUCCAUGGGAAAUUUUAUCAGACUUUCAUGUUGACCAAGUUGGUACCUGUGGUAGGAAAUGUUUGUGAGUCUAAUCUAGGAAUUGAUGAAGAUACAUCCAAAAUGAUAGCCAAAGAGGUUGACAUAAUUGUGAAUUCAGCUGCUAAUACAACUUUUGAUGAAAGGUACGAUAUUGCACUUGAUAUAAACACUGGAGGACCAAGCCGCCUUAUCAACUUUGCAAAACAAUGCCACAAUCUUAAACUCUUUCUACAAGUAUCUACAGCUUAUGUAAAUGGACAGAGACAAGGUAGAAUUAUGGAAAAGCCAUUCUGCAUUGGAGAUAGUAUAGCAAGGGAGAAUCUUCUCUCUGGAGUCAAUCACAACUCCUUCCCCUUUUUGAAUGUUGAAGAUGAGAUAAAGUUAGUUUUGGAGUCUAAACAAGCUCUAGACAAUAACUCAGUGUCUCAGAAAAUGAAAGAAAUUGGUUUAGAGAGAGCAAACAAAUUUGGUUGGCAAGACACUUAUGUAUUCACAAAGGCAAUGGGAGAGAUGAUGAUAGACAGUAUGAGAGGUGAUAUUCCGGUAGUUAUUAUUCGACCAAGUGUCAUUGAAAGCACCUACAAGGAACCAUUUCCAGGAUGGAUGGAAGGGAGCAGGAUGAUGGAUCCAAUCAUUUUGUACUAUGGUAAAGGGCAGCUCACAGGAUUUCUUGUAGACCCUAAUGGGGUUCUUGAUGUGGUUCCAGCUGACAUGGUUGUGAAUGCAACGUUGGCAGCCAUGGCAAAACAUGGGACAGAAGGAAAACCAGGAAGUAGUGUUUACCAGGUUGCUUCAUCUGCUGUAAAUCCAUUAGUCUUCAAGGACUUGGCAAGAAUGCUAUUUGAUCACUUCAAUCGUUCACCAUACAUUGAUUCCAAAGGAAGACCAAUUCAUGUUCCAAAGAUGACGCUGCUGAGAUCCAUGGAGGACCUGUCAUCCCACCUUUGGCAAGACGCCAUUAACAGGAGUGGCCUAACAGAUUUGGCUGAUCCAAACAGCAACUUGUCCAAGAAACUUGAGAAUAUCUGUAGAAAGUCAGUGGAGCAAGCAAAGUACUUGGCUAAUAUCUAUGAACCGUACACUUUCUAUGGAGGAAGAUUUGACAACAGCAAUACUCAGAGGUUGAUGGAAUGCAUGUCUAAAGAAGAAAGAUGGCAAUUUGGAUUUGAUGUAGAGAGCAUAGAUUGGAAAGAUUACAUCUCUAACGUCCACAUUCCAGGGCUAAGGAAGCAUGUGAUGAAAGGAAGAGGAUCAUGCAGUUAAUCCCAGUGUGCUCCUUUAAGUUUCUGCAUCUUACUGUAAUAGAAGUAUAGACUUGUGAUUUCCGGACAAAAUCAUACUUAAAAAGAACUUCCUGAUAAUCACUAAUGUAAUAUCAUUUCAAUUAAUAAAUCAAAUCACUGAUGUAAUAUCACUUCAAUGUAAGUCUACCAUGAAAAAUGUUUAGGGUUCUUCAGCUUCUA